AUGUUGCAAAGUCAAUACAAUAUAACCGACUUGAGUAUGGACGAAGCUCUUUUGGAAAUAAAAUUGCGCGGAAACGGUAAAAAUGGCUUAGACGAUGUCAUCUUCUCCAAUAUGAAUGAUAUGCAGGAUGCCAUCUCUUCAGUUAUUAUGGCACGGUCGGUUCCGGCCGGAAGUUCAAACGUAGGUUCCAGUCAUUUACUGACCGUUUCCUGCAAACUUCGAGCUGGAAACGGUCAGGAACUGAUCGGAUAUUUCCUGUGCAAUUCCGGCCGGAAUCCGGCGGCAAGGAACCUGCCGGUACUUGCUGGAAUCGGCGAAAACUGUGCCGGAAUCGAGAAGAGCUGUACCGGAAUCGGCUCAGAUUUCAACGGAUCCAGUCGCCGGAAUGAUCGACCUGGAUACAAACUAAUCGGAUCUAUUGUAUUUUCUCUUCUCUUUACUGUAUUCUCAUUUAAACUCUUCUGA